UUGUCAAUGAAUGCGGUCGCCGCUCGAUCGUAUAGUAGAAAACCGGACACGCUUCGAUCAUUUUAAGUUUGAAUGAUUUUUCAACUGAGUGAUUGUCAAAAUGUGUGAAACUACAACAUUGGCAAACGGAAUCAAACGGCUGUCGUUGAGUCUUGAAAAAAAAUUGGAAAUUAUCAAGGCCGUGGAGGAGCACCCAGAAAUCAAAAAGUCCGAACUGGCUCGGCAGUUUGGACUUGCCUCCAGUACCCUAUGGACUAUACUGAAGAAGCGAAAGGAGAUCGUCAAAUGCAGCAAGUCUUACGAACACUCAUGUAAACGCAUGCGCCUAUCUAUCCACAGCGACAUUGAAAAGUCCAUGCUGUUGUGGAUGCAGAAGACGUUGGCGAAGAAACUUCCAGUGACCAGUGUCACAAUCCGUGCAAAGGCCAGGGAGCUGGCGAUGGAGUUGGGUCGCAACAACUUCAAGGCAAGCUGGGGAUGGUUGUGUCGCUUCCGGAAGCGUCACCAAGUACUUAUUACCCAGCACCUCCAACCUAUGGGAACCAAGACACUUGCAAAGGAUUCCAGAGUGAAGGCGAAGCAUAAUUCACCCGCCCAAAAGGAACGGGGUGAGGAGCCCGCAGUGGAACUUUCAAUGGAUGAGUCAUAUGAAGAUGCGAUGAUGCAUCAUUCUCCAUCGACCAACGAGGCAUUCCACUUUCUUGCCCGUCUUCAGGACUUCUUCAACAACAGGGAGGAGUCGAGUAAUGAAGAUUUUCUGCGAAUUGCUGGACUGGAGGCAAGCUUAGUUCAGUGUGGCAAAAAUGACCAACAAAGCAAGAUUACAGACUAUUUUCAUCCUUGAAACAUUUAUUUUAAGUACUUUGGAUUUCAUUGGAAUUACACUUUGGUCCAGUAAAUGUUUGAAGCACAAUGGUCAUGCUUUUGAAUUGCACUCAAUA